AUGGAGAACGUCGUUUCAAAGGAAUUAGAUUACACGCCCCUGCUCGUUGCCGAACCUGAGUAUGAAUAUACGAGGCUGUUCCCGCAGUCAGGCACAACAUCAACAACUGUUUACUCUGGUGGCAAUGACACAAUCUUUGAGAUCCCACCGUCCAAGGCAUACAACUUGUCAAGAUCAUACUUUAGGUUCAUAUUCAAUCUGCCUGGCGUGGCAAACAAACAGACAAUGAUGUUUGCUGACUUUUGUCCAUUCUUCAGACAGAUCCAGGUGUAUACAAGAGGUGGUUUGGAUUUGAUGAAUCAUACCAACUUCCAUCUCCACGCCAAGAUGGUGACAGUGAGGAACAAACCAUUGGUCGAGACAGAAAACACAUUCGCAUCUUUUAGAAUGACGAGCGAUCAAUAUAUGAUCCCAUGUCUUUCAUCCAAACUACCAAACUCAUACGCUGGAGCAAUGGUUUACAACCCCAACUACACUGGAGAGGAAGCAGCAGUCCCUUAUGUGGAGCCUAGGUAUUUACUUGCUGGGGAUGGCGCUGGCGGUGAGACCAAUGUUGUUGUAACAAUCCCAUUUAAUGAACUCUAUGAAUCAAUUCUCUGUGUUGACAAAGACAUCAUGUUGAACGAGACACUCCUGGUAAGAUUCGUUUGGUCAGAGCUCGCUAAUAUCGCAUUCGCUGCUGAUCCACCUGCAGCACUCCCAGAUCCAUCACCAGCAAUUCAACCACCCCCAUCACCAAACCCAACAACUAAUCCAGUUGCAUUGCCCGCACCAGCAGCAUUUAAUGUCACAAACAUGGCGAUUUAUCUGGCAGUGGAAAAGAACCUCGCGAUUGUAAAUGAGCUCCAGACCAAGAUAUUCAGUCCAGAUGGCUUCUCUUUGAUGAUACCAUACUCCUACUCUUACCAAGCAGCGCUCACUGGACAGAACCAAUCGGUGACUCUCAGAGUCAAUCGACAAAAUGCCAUUUACAACAAUAACUGGAGAAACACCAAGUUGGAUCACUUUUACACAAAUAUCAACAAUAACAGGUUAAUGCAAUAUGAUUAUUAUUUGAACCUUAACGAUGAUUACAUGGCACUGAGAUGGAUCCUCAAAGACUCGUCACUAUUGACACCGAGAAUCCACAACAGGAACUGGUGCUGGAUUGAGGAGUUUGGAGACGGCACCUCCAACUUCAACAAGGAUAACGCUAUCACUGGUAUUGAUCUCAACCUUGGUGAGCAGAAAUGGGAUUUCAUUGGUUUCCUCAGCGAAAAUACCAACUUGACACAUCAAUCAACUGUGGUGUGCAAACGUAAGCUGGUCAUCACACCUAAUGGCCUUGUUUUGGUGUAA